GUCUCGAACAUAUAUAAAUGUAAUUUCCAGUUCAGCGCCUUCCCUUGCAAGAAUGCUCAUUGACCCCAAACCCUAAUUCCCUCGAUUCUUCUCUCUCUUCUUUCUCUCUCUAGGGCUCUUCGCCUUUGCCCUCUGAAAAUGGCGGAUUCUCCACGCAAAAAGUAUUCUCGAUCCCCUUCUCCAUGGAGAGCUCAGUCCAGGUCCAGGUCUAGGUCUUGGUCUAGGCCUCGAUCAAGGUCGAGAUCAUGGUCUAGGCCACCAAGGCAGAGGUCUCGCUCUAGAAGUCGUGGCAGAUCAAGGUCCAGAAGUCCUGGCAGGUCUGCUGCUAUAAAUCCUGGAAAUACACUGUAUGUGACUGGCCUAUCUACAAGGGUCUCCGAGAAGGAUGUUGAAAGGCACUUUUCAAAGGAGGGAAAGGUAGCUUCAUGCUUUCUUGUUAUGGAACCUAGGACUCGGAUUUCUCGUGGUUUUGCCUUUGUUACAAUGGACUCUGUUGAAGAUGCUGAACGCUGCAUUAAACAUCUCAACCAGUCAGUUCUGGAAGGUCGAUACAUAACUGUUGAGAGGUCUCGGAGGAAGCGACCAAGAACGCCAACACCUGGGCAUUAUCUUGGGUUGAAUACUAGAGACUAUGGCGACCGAGGUGAUCGUGUUCGAGAUCGUGAACGUGAUCGUGGUAGGUACCGCGGGGGCUCAAGUCGUGAUGACUAUGGAUAUCGGAGGUCACCAAGGCGCUCACCCUAUAGAGGUGGCCGCGAUUAUUCUCCUAGGGGCGGCUCACCUUAUGGCGGAAGAUCAAGAAGAGAGAGGUCUUAUUCUCCAUAUGGCAGCCCGGAAAGGAAGUAUGCCCGCGGCUCCAGAUGAGUAUAUGAGCUGUAUCUCCUGUCCGUCAAGAGUUACUAAUCUGGAAACAUGAUGUAGCAUUGUAUUGAUCUGUCUUGGAGUCUGAUGUUUGUCUUGUUUCGUUUUCUCGUGUUUUUGUACUGAGUUGUAGGAUUGCUGGUUUUUUACUUUGGAUAUGGGAUUGAAAUAAUAUGUGGCUUGUAUGUCGUCGAUUUUGAGUGAUAAAUCACACCGCAUUCGCAGACA